AUGACAGAUGCAACACCACCAUGCGGUCAACGGCCACCACCAUCCAGCAAAACAACAUGCACUCCCAAGACGGCAGUAGAGAGCACGCUAAGCGCCCCGAACCUUACUCCGAACCCCCCGAAAGAAGGCCAAAUACUGCCGCCCACCUCUAAACCAGCACCCAAGUCCCGCAAGCCCGUUAACCGCAAAAAGCUCGCCAAACCCCCCCAAAAUGCUUCAAUAUCCACCCGCCCGCUCCUUCACCCCGCACUCCCAACCCCACACUCCUCAUCCGCCUCCCCCAAGACAAUCUACAUAACUGCAACAACACCCUACAUCCCUUGCGUCAAGCGUGUGCGCAAACUCCUCGCAGACAUUACAAAGCGUGAGAAGCAAUCCGCCGCCUCGCUGGACAGUAGAGCAGGAGGAGCAGCCCGAGGGGGGCAACACGGUGCAAAAGUGCUAGAAGCGAAUGGGCGACUAGAGGCAAAAGAUGUGGAGCGAAACGUUGCCGAGGAGGCGAGUAAGAAAGGAGAAGCGCGCAAAGUAGGCGGGAUGGUGUAUUUGAAAGCGACGGGUAGGGCGAUACCUAGGGCGCUGGAGAUAGGGCUACAUUUCCAGGAAGAUGAGAGUUGUAGGGUGAGGGUUGAGUUGGGGAAUGUCAAGGCGGUUGAUGAUAUCGAAGUUAAGAGUGGUGCGACAGAGCAGGAACAACAGGCCGAAGGAGAAGCGGAUGAUGAUAUACCCGAGACGAGGAUACGAACGCUAAGUUCAGUGACUGUGAGUAUAGGACUGGUAUGA